AAAACUUAAAUUUUAAUUAGUUUUUUUUACAAUGGUCAAGCCUAUUGACCACGAUAAAGUAGCAAUGGGUUCCAUGAACCGGUUUUUAGUGAAAAAGUCAGAAAAAGAGAAUAUUGUUGUCUCCAGCGUGGAAAACGUUCUCCCCUCAACUUCGUCGUCCUGUAAAGUGCAACGCCCAGUGGAAAUUGAAGAAAAUUCCAUCGUCGCAGAACCUCCCCCACCAAAUAAAAAACGUGUGAUCCUGCAGAGUGGUGGAAAUAAUGUGAAGAAGUUUAUCCUCCCGGACAAUUCCAACAUAAAAUUAGGUUAUCAAAAUGAUGGGGAGUUCGUUGAAUUAGAGGAAACAGAUUCACCAUACGGCUCCCAAGAUGUUCCUCAACAACAACAAAUCACAUCAAAAAAACAUACAGUGAUGGAUAGCAUCAGAGACACACUCGUCGAACAUCUCGGGUUUGAAGGGAAUAUCGACGACUUUUAUUCAAGUGAGAUGUUUCUGGCUCUGAUGCGUAGUCUCCCUGCACAAGGAACUUGCGAAGUGAAGAAGGCGGAUGGAACUAUGACGAAGUUGGAACAUGAGGAGAAAGCUGUCUACAUAAAGUGGACAAAAUCAAAAUCCACAAAAGAUUACCACCUCUUCUUUACCCAAAAAACAAACGCACACAAGAAAUGCAUGUUAUGCUGGUGGCAUUCUGCGGAUUUUAAAAAUGGACUCUGUCGCCUUCACUCCAAGAAAGAACAAGAAGUUUUGCUCAUUCGAGACACCAAGAGUGCCACUCCUGUUUAUUCAGUCGGUUUACCAGCCUUUAAGAUGACCAAAUAUGAUGAGGUGUCCGUAAACAAAUACUUGAGAGACAGGCAGGGUCACCCCAAAUUAAAGAAGCACUUUCGCGAUCACCCUGACGCGUGGUUUGAGAUUACGAAGAGUUGGCCUGUCCCUACAACUUCAGCUAUUCAAAAGUUUAAUACUGUAUCGACCGCCUGUUUUUGUUAACUCAAUUCCACAACGCUAAUGCCGCUUCACAAGGAAAAGAAAAGAUCAAGAUGCUCAUGGGUUGGAUUGUGUUUCGAAGGACCAAGUUAGGGAAAGUUGGAGAUACAGCCAACUGGGAUGAAGUUUUGCAAUUUUUAAAAGACAACCACGUUCAAUUUACCACCGAACCUAUGGACUACUUCAUGGAUAGAAAACAGAGCCCUCUCAAGCCUACUCCUUUCUACUCCAAACUCCCCCACACGUAUGAAGGUCACGACAACAAGGGUGGUUUUUAUGACGGGGAGAAACACUCGCGUCGAAAAACCCAUGCCGGGAACGGAAGUACGGGCCACUACCGGCUGAAAAAGACUGGAAUGUCACAUGUUGACAAGAAGACAAUAGUCAACAUUUUCCAGGAUGAACUGACAGAGGAAGAGACUGCGAUACUGGGCUUAGUGGACGUUGGAAAUGACGAGGAUGAGGAAGAAUUGGGUGAAGAGGAAGAAGGAGGCGAAUUGGAGGAAGAAUUGGACGAUGAUGAAGAAUUAGAAGGGGAUGAAGAUGAAGGGUUAAAUGAGGCGGCGAAUAUUUUUAAUAGAAUGAAGAAGAGGGCUGAUCAGGUGGAGAUGAUGGGAUUGAUGGCCACUGUCAUUGCUGCAAUGCUCAAGAUGACCAACAAUAGAUACUCCAUCCACCCAUUAACUACUAAACUUUAUAGUUUUGAAGCAGGUUUUGAUUUGGACACUUUUGGAACUCUAUUCGCAAUGAAGACGCAGCGUAAAAUAGGGGUGGAGCAGGAAUGCCUGGAGAUAAAGGAAGGGAGAGUGAAGUUCAAUUUUACAGAUUAAUUAAUUACUAACUCCACAAUGUUUAUAUAUUUACGGUCAAGGUGUCAAGUCUCUCUCUUUGUGUUAAAUGUUAAAUAUGUUUACAUAUACAAAUAAUUUAAACCCUUUUGUGAAAUUAAUAUUAUUAUACAUUCAUACGUAACCUCUUUUAGGCUGAUUUUCGAUUUAUGGUAAUUAAAACAUGAUUUUUCACCUGUGCUUCCUGGA